AUGCUCACGCUCACCAAUAACAACUUAGGAAACUCAAAUCUCCUUAACUGCACCUGCAGGCCUGUUAAAAGACUACCUUAUGCCGCCAUAAGUACCUCGCGACAAACCCUUGAAACUACAAGGCAGCAGCUACCAGAGCGCCGUCCCAAGGCUCAAAUUACUGAUUCCUUGCAUCGUAUGAACCUGCAAAUAAUCAACCCCGAGUAUCCGAGGGUCCUGAUUACUACCGACCCCGCAUACACCUGUCAAAAUUUAUCCUUAGACUAUGAAUCCAUCCAUCUGACACAAACGGGUCCAGCUGGGGAUUCUCCGGAGGGCUUAUGGUCCCUCUUACUGCCGCCACCAGGGCUAGUUGAGAUUUGCCAAGAAACCUCCUGGGAUAAACCAGGUUCAAAAAGUACAGUAACCCGGAAUCUGAAUGUAAUUAGUGGGGAUGCCGAUGCCCAGCUUAAGAAAUCCUUGAGGUUGUUUAUGAGUUGCACAAGUUUGGUUCUAGAGCUCACUCACUCUUUUCAACGGCACGAGGACCACUUCACAGCCGCUCACUCGCAUCGAUUCAUCAUCACCACGAAGAUCUCGCGCCCCAUCAUCACAUUGAAACCCUUUCUCGGUGAAACAUUCUGUGGAUCUCCCGCCCAGCAGUCCGAGUCAAUCAAAUCAGUGGAUGCAAGCGAUAGUUUAGUCGGGAGGUACCCCAGGAAAUACGUACAGCGGGCUCCGUCCCUCCCGCAAUGGCGUGUGAUAUCUCUACCUAGUUCAAAGACAGGAAAAAUGAACGAACAGUUGGCCACCGGUGCUUCCUUUACAUUCCCCGAGUGCCAGGACCACACAAGAGACCGUGACUUCGUAUGUCUGCGUCUGGGGUAUGGGUGUAGAGCGCUCAUAGAGGUGCUAUGCUCGGAAAAGUGCGUAGUGGGUAAGCGUAUGUACCCACUGGUACGUUGCUACCAGCUUUUCGAAACCAUUGAUCUUCAGGGCAAGAUGUUUCAGUCGAGCAGUGUGAACUUGGGAGGCGCGGUGGGAGCUCGAAGUAGUGGGGGAAGGAAGGGAAGAGAAGUAUUUGAGUCUCUAGGAAAUGGGAGAAACUCCGACCUUUGGAAGGGAGCCGAUCUGUCUGCUUCCAGAAUUAAUCGAAAGUGGCUUCUGGAACAAAAUACACACGAGCUUGGGAGCGUGCGUCUGAUUGAUAUCAGAUUUCAUAGGGAAGGAGCAGGUCCAGGAUAUGGUACCCGCGGGUUAUCGGUGAUAUGUGGUGAUGGUGGUGUGGGUUUUGGGCCCAUAAGCGCUAGCGACGACGUCGACAGACAGAAAGACGAGAGCCACCACCAUGGCGCUUUCCCACCGAUGUGCACGCUGUUCCUGAGGGAAAAAAAAGUGCUGGGCUGGGGUAACAACGAUGUCGAUAUACUCACUUGA